AUGGACUAUCAGUCGGGCGCGAUGUCACGAGCCCAAUGCCACUCGAGGGGCACUUCAGAAAGGCUGGUUACGUCGAAUGCUCACACAUUGACUUCAGUAGCUUCAGUGAGGGACCUGAAGUUCGGAAGAGAGCUCGUCAACUAUGCACGACAGGCCCUGAAUGGUAUCGCUGCCAAAGGAGAGUUUGAGUGGAUUCACUCUCAUGAAGAUGUAGAGAAGCAUUGCGACAUUCUGCAAAAAGAGGUUGAUGACGGUGUUUCGGUGAUGGGAUAUGAGGUUCGGUGGACUAUUGGACGGAAGCCGGAGUAA